AUGUAUAUGUACAGAUAUGAGAAACGUGUGAAAUAUUAUGGACACAUUGAAAAUAAUGAUGAGUUGAUUCAUGCAUAUGGUGAGGCUCUCAAACAAGCACAAGUUGGAUUGGAGACAGCCUUCAUCGUGGAUGGACGUGCAGCAUUGAAUUCAACCGAUGAUGUCAAAGUCGUUGUUACCAGUCCAUCGAAACAUAAUUAUCAUAUGAAAAUUAUUAACAAUCGUGAUGGAACGUGGACAGUUAGUUAUAUUCCAACGGAAGUUGGCGAAACGUAUAUUGAUAUUUUUCUUGGCACUGAACUUGUUUAUGGAAGUCCGUUUAAAGUGAACAUAUUCGAUAUCAAUCAGAUUCAUGUUUCAAAUAUCGAUGGUGGUGUUGUGGGACACUUGGUGAAAUUUUUCAUUGAUGCAAGUAAAGCGGGUGUUGGUCAACUAGAGAUUGUUGUUCAGGAUGGUUUAUUACCAUGUAAUGC